AUCAAAUGGUGUCAAUUUCGUCAAUAUGAAAGUGGUCAUGUACUUCUAUUUCAUUUCACUUAAGUCAUUGGAUCUUGUCUGCUGCUGUAAACAGAUAUAACUCAAAAUGAUGGUGCUUGGAGUGUUGAUUUUCAUCGUACCGACUGUUGCUGCAGUGUUGAAUUCUUGUCAAGAUGUGUACUAUACAAAUCCUCAAAGUACGACAGGGUCAUACCGAAUCUAUAAUAAACAACAACAAGUCUACAAUGUAUGGUGUGAGUUCAAUACAAACUAUGGCUAUGCGUUUGUUUCAAAUCUAUCCCAUGUAGAUAUUAAUAUAGAUGAUUUGUAUACAGACAGAACACGUGCUAUCGUACGCCAUAUCACCGCUUCCGGUGUCCAAAAAGAGAUUGAAGUUGCACAAUUAAAUCGAUAUCAUACGACGCCCUUGUCCUUCCAGUACAACAAACAUAAUGGAUACGCUGAACCCCAGAAUCAUGAUAAACUUGGGCCAUAUAUCUAUUUCGGAUUUCUUCCAAUGUCUACCGCAGGUCACAGAAACGUUCAAGGAUAUCGUGCUGGUGGCGCCGACUACACUUUCACCAACUGUGACAGCAAUCCUAACAGUUAUUUAGCCUUGUUUUUUAACCGUAACAAUUCCGAUCCUGUAGGUUAUUUCCAAAAAUGUUGUCCUUCAACACUAAUAACAGCAUGGACAACACAUUCACAACCUCUUCAGAAAAACAGAUACAUGGACCCUCCUUUCUAUUUCAUAUUUGAAAUGCAUAUGGGUGGUUGCGGUGGCUACGAAAUUUCACUGCAUCAAGAUCUACGUGGCGUCAUUGGUGCUGCUAUCGGUUUCAGAUUUGAUAUCAAAGACCCAUGUGCUAAAAACCCAUGUCAGCACGGAGGUACUUGUUAUCCUGACGGCCGGGUGUAUACAUGCGAGUGUCCCGUAGGAAUUUCUGGUGUUCUUUGUGAGACAGUUGGGUCAUUUGUUGGAUGAGUAGAAGACGUUUAUUUUUGAAGGACGAAGUUCAGAUAGUUUUUGAUAAUCAAUAAACUGAGUAACUUGAAAAAAAUAUGAUAUUGAUUUGAGAAUAAAAUAAGAU